GGCCCCGCCCCGCGCCCCGCCCGCGCCGGGGUCCUCUGAGCGCUCGGGCUGCGCGCGGAGCGGGCUCGGGAGGGAAGUCCCGAGACAAAGGAAGCGCCGCGCCGCGUCCGUCGCCGCCGCCUAGUCCACCUCGCUCGCCGGGCCUCGACCGCCCUAGGACUUUGACUAUGUCGGGGAUCGCCCUCAGCAGACUUGCCCAGGAGAGAAAAGCUUGGAGAAAAGACCACCCAUUUGGGUUUGUGGCUGUCCCAACAAAAAAUCCCGACGGCACGAUGAACCUCAUGAACUGGGAAUGCGCCAUUCCAGGAAAGAAAGGGACCCCUUGGGAAGGAGGCUUGUUUAAACUACGGAUGCUCUUCAAAGACGACUAUCCAUCCUCACCUCCAAAAUGCAAAUUUGAACCACCGUUGUUUCACCCGAACGUGUACCCUUCCGGCACCGUGUGCCUGUCCAUCCUCGAGGAAGACAAGGACUGGAGGCCAGCCAUCACGAUUAAGCAGAUCUUGUUAGGAAUACAGGAACUUCUAAAUGAACCAAAUAUCCAAGAUCCAGCUCAAGCAGAGGCCUACACAAUUUACUGCCAAAACAGAGUGGAAUAUGAGAAAAGGGUUCGAGCACAAGCCAAGAAGUUUGCACCCUCAUAAGCAGCGACCUGCGGCAACAUCAAAAGGAAGGGAUUGGUUUGGCAAGAACUUGUUUACAACGUUCGCAGAUCUAGCAUUGCUCUAUACAAUUACUAGUCACCUAGGGGAGGCAGGCGGGCGCCAUUUUCCAUUUCCGCCGCUGGUACACAGUUCUCCACUCGCUGAAUUGCCCAGUUUUUCAUACAGGGUCUCUUCCUUCAGUCUUUUGUAUUUUUGAUUGUUAUGUAAAACUUGCUUUUAUUUUAAUAUUGAUGUCAGUAUUUCAACUGCUGUAAAAUUAUAAACUUUUAUACUUCUACGAGUCCCUGAGGAGCUAGUUCCCUUCGCUCGUGGGUGCAGGCAUGCUUCCCACUGUCCGAGCUACACGUAGCCUCCAGCUGGCUGUACGAAAAAGAAACCGGCCUGUCCCCUGCCCGUGCGCCUCUGUCCUCUCUCCGCAGAACCCGGGUGUGUUGCUGUGGGCCUCCGAUCCAAAGCCAGCCGGCCUCUCAUUUCCGCACCACUUCCUUUGUGUUUAUAUGGCGUUUUGUCUGUGUUGCUGUUUAGAGUAAAUAAACUGUUUAUAUAAAGGUUUUUGUUGCAUUAUCGUCAUUAAAAGUGUGAGGAGGCAGCCUUGGGGUGUGUGCCCCCCACACACACAGCUGUAGGCCCCGCAGAGCCCUGGCCUCUGCCCCAGCACGUCUUGCUGCCUGUGCCUGAGUCCUACGUGGCACUCGCUGGGUCCUUUGUAAAUAGCACUGUGUGCGGACGGCAUGUGUGCAGGGCUUCUCUGCGCCCCGCCUGGGUCUUCGGGCUGUAGAGCGCUAGAGUUCAGGUCUGGUCAGGUUGAAAUUGGUAUCAAGACCCAUCUUGCGUGCCUGUGUGCUGCCCUAGCCAUCGGGGAGGAGAUGCCCCAGGCCAGGGCAGGGCAGAGCCGGAGUGAGGACCACUCUAACCCACUCACCCUCCUCAAGGGCCUGUGCAGGGUGGCUGGGCCACAGCAUGUGACCCUCUCACAUCUGGCACUGUCCUCGGGCUUCUGCAUGUAGCCUCCGACCCCCCCGUGCUCACCACCACAGCCCCCACCCCUGGAUGCAGGUAGUGUCAGGCACAGGGACACCCCUAGGGAGCAGCUCUGAGAGCCACUGUCACAUACUCUUACUGUCUCCUGGAGCGUUCUGAACCCGGUCACCCAAGGAAGCUGCUCUUCUAGAACCAUGGAGCCCACAUCCAUGGCAGAGCUCCCUGGAGUCGGCUGUUCUGUCACAAGCAGUCCUGGGUCCUGACUCUGCAGGGAGGUGCUGUAGAUGGAGACCGGAAGUGGCAGGUACCUGGCCCUGCAUCCCAGUGAGCACAGUGCUGAGCGGUACAGAGGACCAGAGCCGGCCUUCUGCCAGCCAGCCUUGCCCGCCCACCCCGAGGGCCCUUGUCAGAACCAGUUGCCUGUGGCUUUAGCACAUGGACUGAGGUAGGGAUGGUCCCCAAAGGGGCAGGGAGCACAGGAGGGCUGGUCAUCGGGAGGGUGCCUCUGUUUGCCCCUCAGUUGACAGCGCGGCCCAAUGGCCCAGUGCCUUGUUCACUUGCUCGACCACACACCUGAUGGGUUGCUGAGCCCUGAGCUCUCGGCCGAUGUUCGUGGUUAUCUAACGCAGAGGGCCUUAUGCGGGGGGUUCAGUGGGUCAUGUGUGUAUCGCCCCUCCCAGAAUGUCUUAUUUUGUAAUGACUGAACUACACUUAGUAAUAGUUACACAUGUAUAUGGUUAAUAUAUAUGGAAAUGCAAUAUAUUUUCUAGUUAAAGCAUUCUAAAGUAAUCGAUGUUUCUAGCACAUUGUCGUGACUUUGGCUAAUGAAAUGUCCUUUUGUGCCACAGUUCUUGGCUUAAAGAUGUGAAUCUUGUAACAGGAGAACUCUGAAAUGUGAUCGUUCUGUUUCUGCUGUAAGGGAAGAGAGUGUGCUCCCAGCAUGAGGCACCUAAUUAGUGAGGAAUUGUGGGCAAUAGAUUAACCACUGUAUCUAAAAAUCCUCUAAUUAAAACAUUUCCACAAA